ACGGGAGAGUGCUCAAUGGGUUAACUGUACUUUAUUUCACUGUGAUAAUUAGGCUCCGUUACAUGAGAUUGUGAACAACUUGGUUGAACAACUUCCAAAACAUGGUGAUGUGACGUUAUCAGAUAAAGAUAGCAUGCCUGGCAUUGCUCGGACGUCUGUACUCAUAACAAAGACUGAUUUAGACUCACUGGUAAGUAAACAACACAUGUCAUGCCUGUAGAUUUUAUUGAUGUAGAAGUAGUCAUAAGAUUCUUAUCCUGGUGUAUGUUCUUGAAUAAAUGCCUGCAAAGAUGUCAAGUUUCACCAUAAACUGAUGAACAGGAAUAGAGGUGUCAGCAGUCGUUAUCGUACGCCAGAAUGACAAUCGUAUACAACUAGUCAUAUUGUAUAAAUAGUGCAUUAGAUACAAGUGUAAAAACGCACAGCUUGUAACAAAUCUGCAAACAAGUUGUUACAAGUCUGUUCACAAGCUGUCAACAAGUUGUGUUCGCACUGCUUGUUCCCAGUUUGUUGUAACAAGUUUGAAACAAGCUGUUAACAACUUGUAACAAGCUUGAUGGCAUUAUCAGCCUUGUUACAAGACUGUGCUAACAAGUUCGUUACAGCCAUGAUAUAACAAGGAUGUUACAAGGUUGUCAACACAAGGUUGUCAACACAAGGUUGUCAACACAAGGUUGUAACAAUCUUGUUAUAUCAAGCAUGUAACGGACUUGUCAGAACAACCUUGCAACAAGUCUGAUAAGUUCGACAAGGUUGUUACAAGUUGUCAACAAGUUGUUCCAAACCUGUUGACAACUUGUGACAAGCAGUGCAAAUAUAUCUUGUUGACAGUUUGUUGGCAGACUUGUUACAAGAUGUGAGAUUUUUACGUGUGUAGUCAUAUUGUAUAAAUGGGCCAUUAGAUAGCCGGGUAAUGUCAGAAUUGGUCAGUGAUUUCAGAAUUUUUUCUAUUCAUAAUUUUUCAGGUGAAUCUAUUUUGCCAACUUAAAUACGUCUCAAGUCAACCCCAACGUCGUAAAUUGGAGCAAAUCAUCAACCAUGGCAGUUUGGAUAAACUCCUCAACAAUCUUGAAGGAACUCACUUGGUCACUUCAAGUCUCGCCAAAAUGUCGUUCUCGACACAAGACACUGACGUUCAGAAUGAAUUGCACAAUACUCUACAAGCAUUUGAUAAAUCUAUUCAAGAGAAUGAAAUUGUAUUGGUGAUUUCAUUGGGGGUUCCGACCAUCGAAUGUCCUGGAAUGCUACAAGAGGAAAAGGUUUGCAUGAUUUUGCCAUGUAAAUUUUGGUAUACCGAAAAAUUUUGGUAUGCCAGAAAUUUUGGUAUAUCGGUAUUACCGAAAAAGUCAUACCAACAUGUACCGAUAUUGGAUCCAAUACCGGUAUUUUUGGUGUAUUGGUAUGCCGAACAUCCCUAGGGUGGAUGUAUCUUGUAUAAAUGGGUCCAGUUAUUAAAUGAACUAAAAUAUGUAGGUACUUGGUAUGCCAACUCCCAAAACAAGACGCAAAAGUACCAUACAAGAGGCAAUGGCGGACCAUAUCAGUAACGAAAUCAAUGAAAACUCUCAACCAUCUGACAGUGACUCUAAGUAAGUAUUUACUUAUAUGUAUCUUAGCAUCAGAACGUGGAUACUCAUAUGUGGUGCAUACAUCACAGCCGCUACUGUAUUUUGAAGGCUUCGGAUCGAUAGGGCAGGUGUGGAAAAGAUAGGCGAGCACUGCUCGCAGGAAAUGUUAAACAGCUUAACUUACCUUUCGCUUAACUUAUUUUGGCGCGAAAAUUAUAGGUUUUUCAAAAUCUUUGUAAUUUUUGUUUAAACACAAUAAAAAAUGUAAUUAAAGGUACUACUUCAUCAAAAAUAAAAAGUUAGGAACUUAAAUUCACGUUUUGAAUGUAAGAGUAUUCGAUACUCACGGAAAUUCGCAGCGUAAUGAUCACAACGUGAAAUUGACAAAAUUCCGUCGUAGAAUCGUCGACUACUGUACGCGUUGGAAUUACACAAGACUCGUUGGCCGCGCUAGUUACCAAGCCUUUAUACUGCGAUGCUAUUGUAUUGUAUUGUAUCAAUAUAAACUUUUCUUCCACAGUGACUCAUCUUCAGAUGAAAAAUUACCAGAAUCGGAAGAUACCGCAGCGACUCAUCUUGAGAUGAAAAAUGACGAGAAACCCGAGGAUGUUGACUCAGCUGACGAUGCCCUUUCAGAUCUUGGCUUCGUUGAUUUCUUUGUCCGCACCAAACACCUCCCUCCAAAACACCCACCUACCAACCCGUUUGCACAAACAGAGGGCCCUCCCAUGCCUUCUAAACCCACAGCGACCAACCCCUUUGCCCAAAGCGUUGACCCGUUUUCUGACUUCGAUUCCGUGACUCCGAAUGUGUACCAGAAUGAUCCUUUCACAAGAGUGAUUACGCGGUUACCAGAGCAACCAGCCCCGAUACACCAGGUACCAGGGAACCCCUCGGAACAAGCACCCUCCGAGAUUCCACCCUCGGGUCUAAGGCCGUCUACCAACUCAAUGUCUUUAACCCCCUCGCAUCAAACCCCAGUUACCCGUAACUCAUUCUCACCACCAAACAACCAUGGUCCUCUGAUUGACCUCGGUGGAGAACUGGAGUUACCCUCGUCCACAGAUCCGCGCUCAUCCAGUAGUACAAGUGGUGUGAUGUCAGACGACUUACUCUUCAGUUCCGGAAGUCACAGCAGUAACGAAAGUGGAAAGAGAUUUAGCAGUUCCGCCAGCUCCAGCAGCGACAGCGGGAUGAAAACGUCAGCUAAGAUUCCUCCUAUAAAAAAGGAACAGAAUGCACACAGCAAUAAGAAAGGUAUACAGCAUAAUUUGUGGAGCACCGCUACGGUGGAAGGGUCAGGUUGGAGCUAGAAGGAAACCGGAGCACACGGAGAAAACCCACGAUUUUCGGUAGAGCGUUGACCGACUCUUUUCACAUAAUUGUCAUGAAUCCGUAGCGGGAAUCGUACCCACGAAAAGUGCCUUGCUCUGACGAUUACGCUACUGAAGUCCCGUUCAAGAUCUAUAGUUUAUUUUGUUAAUCUAGAGCUUAAAAUGUGUGACUGUCAACUGUCAUUCUCGUUUGAUUAGGUUCUUUAGUGGAAUCAUGGCCGGAUUUUGAGGGGAGGUUUGGGAGGUGCGCACCUCCCCUGAGAGUGAGAUCGUUUUGCACCCCCCCUCCUGAGACCUUUUGCACCUGCCCUGAAAAGUCCUGCACCUCCCCUUGGGAAAGUUUUAAUGAUAGAUCAAAGUGAAAAUUUGACAUUUUUCGGUUGCUUAGAGUCUACACUUCGUAAGAAUGUUUUUCUGUAAAAUUGAAACAAUCAUAGCCAUUCAUCUCUGUAAGAUAAGAUAAGAUAAGAUAAGAGACUUUAUUUAUAGAGGAUGACACUUGACAGUACGAAUACUGAUAACUCCGUGGUCCUCUGGUAACAUUCUUACAGUAUUUCUAAGUCUAAGGAUAUUAAAAUAUAUAUACAUGAAGUGAAAAAUCAUUAUAAUAACUACAAAUUAAAAUUAAUUGUUUUAAGUACUUUAAAAUUAGGAAAGUUUUUGAGCAUCUAAAAAGUCCUUGUAUAGUCUAUGUUUAAAACUGUAUAGGCUUGCAGAAUUCCUGAUUUUUACAUUAAUAGUAUUCCAGUCUUUGAUAGCCCUCACUGCAUGUUCGUCUGGUAUUUUCUUCCUUAAACGCUUUCCGGUAACAAGCAUAGAUUUGGUCUUUUCCGUAUUGAUGACCAUUUUGUUGUUAAUGGACCAAUUACAUAUACUAUCAAGGUCUUUUUUCAAAUCUUGAACCAUGGAAGGGAUAUUUGUCCACUGUGUAAUAGGGCCCAAUACAGAUCCCUGAGGUACGCCGUGUGUUACAAAUUGUGGUCGAGAUUGUUUACCAUCAAUUGUAACGAAUUGCGAUCGGUUGGUAAGGUACGAUUUAAACCAUUGAAGGGUAGACUCACUAGCUCUGUAUAGUUUAAGUUUCUUUAGCAUAAUUUGAUGGUCCACAAUGUCAAACGCCUUCUUAAAGUCUAUAAACAAGACGCCAGUAACAUUAUCUUGAUCCAUGUUUGACAAUAUUUGAUCAGUAAGUUUUAUAUAUAUAUAUAUAUAUAUACAGCAAAUAUUUCAAUAGCAGACACAUUAAAGAGCCUCUGGAACUGGAGUUAUAAUCGUUGAAAAUUGUGGACAUGAAAUUAUGUUGUUUUGUGUAUUUAUUGCCAGUUUUUAAUAUAAAUUUAUAAUAAUUAUGGUUGUUCACUUGCUCACACGGUCGUACAGAUUAUAUAUGGUGUGAAUCGGGAUUAAUAUAUAGAUAAGCAGAAAGACAGAGAGUGUGGGACAGAGGGAACAAAAUACCCAGGACCUGGGAGUGUUCAAAGCAGUGUGCAAAUUUGGAUAAGCAUGAUUGCUUAUGUGUUUUAGAGAAGAUAUGGUAUAACUGAAAAUUUCUUUUGAGGUAGAUUUAACAAUCACUCUCAAUAGGUUUAACAGCAAGUGAUAGACCAGAAACUGCGCAGACUUUAUGUCCUGUGAACAAGGCUGCAUUGCAUUUACCCACAUUGAGGGAGUCUCACUGA